CUCCCCCAUCCCGGCUGCCUCCGCCGUUUCCGCGUCGUUCGCCUCCCGCCCCCGACUGUCCCGCCGCCCGCGAUGGUGGCAGCCUGGCGUGGAGGACGAGGCUCCUGGCGAGGCGCGCCGCUGCCGCUGCCGGACGCCGCGGGACUGAGGCUGCUGCUGCUGCUGCUCAUGGGCGCCGCUUCCCCUCCGCCGCCGGGGGCUCAAGGCCGGCGCCUCAUCUGCUGGCAGGCGAUGCUGCAGUGCCAGGAAGAGGCCGACUGCGGCUACGCGUACAGCCAGUACACGGAGGCGUGCGCGCCGGUGCUCCGGGCUGCGGGGGACGGCUCUGUAGCGGCGGCUGCGGCCGCGGCGGCGACCUUCUCCAAUAGGCGGCGAUGCCCGAGCCACUGCAUCUCGGCGCUCAUCCAGCUCAACCACACCAGGCGGGGCCCGGCGCUGGAGGACUGCGACUGCGACCAGGACGAGAACUGCCGAGCCACCAAGCGCGCCAUCGAGCCGUGCUUGCCUCGGACUAGCGGCGGCGCGGGGGGCGGGGGCGGAGGUGGGGCGGCGGCCGGCGGCGUGAUCGGCUGCACGGAGGCGCGGCGGCGCUGCGAUUGGGACAGCGGGUGCAGCCUAGCGCUGAGCCGCUACAUGGCCUACUGCGGGAAGCUCUUCAACGGCCUGCGCUGCACCGAGCAGUGCCGCGCCGUCAUCGAUGACAUGCUGGCCGUGCCCAAGGCGAUGCUGCUGAACGACUGCGUGUGCGACGGCCUCGAGCGGCCCAUCUGCGAGUCGGUCAAGGAGAACAUGGCCCGCCUCUGCUUCGGGGGCGACAUCGUCGGCCCCGGCAGCAGCGGUGCCUCGGACGGCGCCAUCGACGACUACUACGAUGAGGAUUACGAGGACGAGCCCAGCCACCGCGGCAAGGACGAGCUCGACGACGUGGCGGCUGUAGCCGGCGCGGGAGCCGAAGCUGCCUUUCCUAGAAGGCCCGGCGACGGCUGCUCGGCCCCAGCCGCUGCGCCCUGGACGCUUCUCUCGACCGCCUCCAUUUUGCUGCUGCUGCUGCUCUCGUAGCCAUUUCCCACCCCCAGUAGUCGCUCUUUAGGGGCUCGUGAAGGCCUCGCUAGGAUAGGGCCAUGGAGGGAGGGAGGCUGCCCGGGCCGGCAAAGGGGCCCGGGCGUGCGCGGAAGGCCUGCCCCAGUUUCCUGCUCUCCGGGGAUGCGGGCACUGGACCAGAAGACCGUCACGCAGGGCCUCGGUGCUGGAUAGACGAGGGACUCCUAGCCUUCCCCACCCAUUUCGUGUAAGAUGAGGAAAUACCGCUCCUGUACCCCGCGCAGCCAAUGCUUUAAAACAGCGUGCCUUACUCCGGAAUGAAUUUGCCGCGUGCAUAAAGUGAAAUAACGCGAAACAGUCUGAUAGGCCCUCCGUGUGAUUGUACAACCCUAGAUGAAUCAUUCGUUUGAGCCUCUUGCCUUGCCCCGUCAGUUCAGUGGAGGUUCAACCCUUUGGUGAAUCCUGAGACAUUUCUUUGCUCUUUGGAUAACCUUUCCUUCUGUUUGAGUCUCUCCCCUAACUAUAUCUGAUUGGGCUUUUGUUUCGCUUUUUUUCCUGCUCCUACUUUAGGAAUCCUAUUUAAAAGGGAUGGUACCAUUGUAUUAGGUUCAGUUUUUAAAAACUAGCAAUGAUCUAGAAGAAAGCCUUAAGGUCUGCUUCACACAUUACAUUUUCUUUACCUAGUAGUUUGAAAUGAUCUACACAUGGUGCCACGUGGAUUUUGCUGAGUGUACAUCCACUGCAAAUUGCAUCUCCAAGCAUGUCCUUUCAGUAAAGUGUUUGCACCCGACAGUGUGCCUGGGUCUUCCGCCAUGCACCUGCACACAUCCAUGUAGGGAAUAUAUGUUUGAAAACAGCCCUCAGUGUGCACUAUGCAAUUGUUUCCACUUGGGUUAUUUAGCAAUGAGCAAAUGAGUCAAAAAGAAUACUGAAGGUUUACUGCUACAUGGGAAGGUCAACUUGAAAAUAGAUGCAAAUGGUUUUUGUGUUUGAGUUGAUGACAUGAAGGAAAGAAAUGUUUAGGUUUCCCUAGAGUGCCUCCAAAAAUUGCCUUACAGAACUAGUCAGCAAUUUGAAAUGGAGUCCAUCUGUCACCCUGGGUCAACAUUCUCAGCCUGAAAGAAGAUGCAGUUCUGAUGUGGUGUGUGUGUGUGUGUGUGUGUGUGUGUGUGUGUGAGAGAGAGAGAGAGAGAGAGAGAGAGAGAGAGAGAGAGAGAGAGAGAGAAUGUUUCAGCAACUUUUCUCAGGGUUGCUUUGAACAUUCCUACAUAGGAGUAACUUUAACGUAGAAUAAGGCAUGAAAACUCUGUAGGUUGUCACAUCUGCUUUCUGAUUUACUUGCAUAUGCUAAGAAGCUACACCAAGUUGUAGUUUCCCAGUGUGUAAAUAAGUAGUACAACACGUGUGUACACAUAUAUGUGAUGAUCUGUGCAGUUUUCAAGCCUUUUUUUACAAAGAUGUCUUUCUGUUUAAUGUUCAAAGUGGCCCUUGCACCACUAAGUACAAAAGCUCACCAGCAAAUGUCUCUUUUGCUACAACCUAGAAGAAAAAAUGCUGACCUGUUGCCUAUAUUGAACAAUGCAACCUUUGUCUUAAAAGAGCUCUGCACUGCCAUCUUCAAAAGACACUUUUGAAACUCAGUAUGUAAAAAUACCCUGAGAAGUUAUAUUGCCUCUAAUCCUAUCAGGGGGCUAACCUCUGGUAAAUCUUAUAUAAAAUGUAUUUAAAACUGGGAUUUAUUACCAGUUGUUCUUGCUUGUAUAUAGAAUUUUAUAAAUUGUAUACUUUGGGAGUAAUUUAUUUUUUAAGAAUUUAAAAGAUUUAAAAUGCACCAUAGUUGCAGGAAUAAAUGCAUCUGCUAUUCUUUUGUUGCAAAGGUACAGAUCUCAUUUGGUAUGUAAAGGGAUACAAGCAACUGUAAUUCCCAUGGAAAAAAUCCUAGAUCAAAUGUACAGUGUAUUUUAUAGAUUUGAACUUAACUUCAAUAUUGUUUUGAGAGACUUCUGAACUUUGUAGAAUUGUAUAAAUGUCUCUCUGAACUGCCUUAAACAUUGCAUUUUUAUAGAAUGUGUGAAAAGUUCCUAUGUUUUAAGUAUCUAUUUGCUUGUGUAUUUUUUAUGUGUAAAUUAGUAAAGAGAGAUUUUUAAAUAAUGGA